GGGGUAUCUUUGAGACCCUUGAGAAUGAGCCCAUUAGUGUGGAGGAGCUGGCCUUUAAAUUCGCUGCGACAAACAUCAACAGGAACCGGACCUUAAUGCCCAACACCACCCUGACCUACGACAUCCAGAGAAUAAACCUCUUCGACAGCUUCGAAGCCUCCAGAAGAGCCUGUGACCAGUUGGCUCUGGGUGUCGGGGCGGUGUUUGGUCCUUCUCACAGCUCCUCCGUCAGUGCUGUCCAGUCCAUCUGCAAUGCUCUGGAGGUACCCCAUAUCCAGACCCGGUGGAAACACCCCUCUGUGGACAACAAGGACAGCUUCUACAUCAACCUGUACCCAGAGUAUGCCUCCAUCAGCAGAGCCAUACUGGACAUCGUACAGUACUACAAGUGGAAGACAGUCACCGUGGUUUACGAGGAUGCAACUGGGUUAAUUCGUCUUCAGGAGCUGAUCAAAGCUCCGUCCAGGUACAGCAUCAAGAUUAAGAUCCGCCAGCUGCCGACGGAGAGUAAAGACGCCCGGCCGUUACUAAAGGAGAUGAAGAAGGGGAAAGAGUUCUAUGUUAUCUUCGACUGUUCCUACCAGACCUCCGCAGACGUACUCAAACAGAUCAUGUCCAUGGGGAUGAUGACUGAGUAUUACCACUUCUUCUUCACUACUCUGGACCUGUUUGCUCUGGACCUGGAGCCGUACAGGUACAGCGGUGUGAACAUGACCGGGUUCCGCCUCCUCAACAUAGACAACCCCCAGGUCGCCUCCGUGGUCGACAAGUGGUCCAUGGAGCGCCAGCAGGCCCCGCCCAAACCAGAGACGGGCAUGCUGGAUGGCAUGAUGACGACUGAGGCAGCGUUGAUGUAUGAUGCUGUGUACAUGGUGGCAGCAGCCUCCCAGCUCUCCACUCAGAUCACUGUCAGCUCACUGCAGUGCCACAGACACAAACCCUGGCGCUUCGGAGCACGAUUCAUGAACAUGUUCAAAGAGGCGACGUGGAACGGUUUGACAGGACAGAUCAUUAUAAACAAGACAGACGGUUUGAGGAAAGACUUUGACCUGGACGUCAUCAGUCUGAAGGAAGACGGCUUGGAGAAGACGAUCGGGGGCAAUAGCCACCUCAAUAAAGUGUGGAAAAAGAUUGGAUUGUGGAACUCCAACAACGGCCUUAACCUUACGGAAAGCCUGAAGGAUACGGGGACUAACAUCACAGAUUCUAUGGCCAACAGGACUCUGGUCGUCACUACUAUCCUGGAAAACCCUUACGUCAUGUAUAAGAAGUCUGACAAGCCUCUCUAUGGUAACGACCGGUUUGAAGGUUACUGCCUGGACCUACUGAAGGAGCUGUCCAACAUCCUGGGAUUUGCCUACGAGGUUAAACUGGUAUCUGACGGGAAGUAUGGAGCUCAAAACGAUAAGGGAGAAUGGAACGGCAUGGUGCGGGAACUCAUAGACCAUGUAGCAGACCUGGCUGUGGCUCCUCUGACCAUCACCUAUGUGAGAGAGAAGGUGAUAGACUUCUCUAAGCCCUUCAUGACUCUGGGCAUCAGUAUCCUGUACCACAAACCCAACGGCACCAACCCCGGAGUGUUCUCCUUCCUCAACCCCCUGUCUCCUGACAUCUGGAUGUAUGUACUACUGGCCUGCCUCGGAGUCAGCUGUGUCCUGUUUGUCAUCGCCAGGUAAGGGGUCAGGGGUCACGGGUUAGGGUGAACACUGUCUCCUGACAUCUGGAUGUAUGUACUACUGGC